UGAUGUAGCCUACAAGCCUACAGAGGAGCAGCAAAGACCGAGUUGGAGGGAAGGCUGCGCUGCUUUCACGCUGUGUGUGUGAUCUUAACCACGAGAGAGUGAAAGGAUGGAGGAUUUAAAUCUGAAUUCGGGCAAUUUGGAUUGAGGGGGUCAAGAGCCGAACGACUGUUUUCUUGGAUCUUAUUUUAUUUUUUUCGGGGGGCGGGGGGAUUAGGGGUUUGCACGCAAAAUGCCAUUUGCCAAAAGGAUCGUGGAACCCCAGUUACUGUGUAGGCAUGCGAUUCCCAACGACGAGGGUUUGCUUUUUGAGGAUUUGAGCUCGAUCAACAAUGUGUCACUUUCCCGGACCCUGCGACAGCUCUCCGACCUGGCCAAGCACGCCUGCUCCCUCUUUCAGGAGCUGGAGAACGAGAUCAUAUCCACGAACCAGCGGGUUUGGGCUCUGCAAAACAAAAUCGGCAGAAUUCAACAGACCGCCAGCGGGCUAGACCCAAAGCAAGAGGCAGUGCCCGUGUCCAACCUGGACGUGGAGAGCAAGCUGACGGCGCACUACCAGGCACCAUGGCAUCAGCAGCGCAACGUGUUCCACCCCUCCACCCGCCCGGCCUGCGUGGAGGAGCUACACAAGCACGCCAAGCAGAACCUGCGGGCCCUGAACCGAGAUCAACAGCAGCGACAGCGAGCCAGCAGCCGGGAGCGGCGGGUGACCAUCUCCAUCUCAGUGGCGCCCCCUAUGCCCAGCUACCCUUCACCACGCACCCUCCGGCGGCAUGAGCAGAGGAGCAGACACCUCCACACGCAGGAGAAAGAGGGGAGAGAUGUAGAGUAUCAGCAUGUGUCAAGAAAGGAAAGGCCGGUGAGAGAGUCAGAAACUCAGCCAGUGCAGAGGAAGGAAAGACCCGUAAGGGAGGUAGAGUUUCGGCAAGCGCAGAGAAAGGCCCCCGCACCCACAGACCCCGACUCGGAGGUGGUGACGCUGGGCCAGAGGCCAAAAUGUCCGGUCCCUAACGUCCCCACCACCCUGGACAAGCAAACUAACUGGUCCAAAGCCCUCCCGCUCCCCACUCCGGAGGAGAGGCUGAGAAAUGAGUCCCAAGUCAUCUCCUCCUGCAUAAUUCCCAUUAACGUCACUGGGGUGGGCUUUGACAGAGAGGCCAGUGUCCGCUGCUCGCUCGUCCAUUCACAGUCGGUGCUUCAGAGGCGGAGGAAGCUGAGGAGAAGGAAAACCAUCUCGGGCAUUCCCAGACGAGUGCAGCAGGACUUAGACUCUGAUGAAUCACCGGUGGCGAGAGAGCGGACUGUGAUCGUUCACACGAACGCCGAUUUCUCCUUAAGCCACGACGAGCUGUCCCUCAGUGGCCGCCUGGGGAACACCAAGGAUUCGGGCUGUCAAACAGAAGAUUUCCCAAUCGCCGCGCCCUCCCGGCGCCGGAUCCGAGCCCAGAGGGGGCAGGGCAUCCCCGCCUCCCUGUCCCACUCCACCGGAAACAUCACCUCCCUGCCGGACAGCUCCGACGCCAUGUUCGCCGCCGCUGUGGGCGGGCGUCUGCGCUCCCGGAGCCUGCCCCGCGAGGGCGGCCGGCUGGUGGACCAGGACCGCGAUGACAGUGAUGACGAUGAUGACGACGAAGAAGACGACGGGGAGCUGUCCCCCUACGAGGCAGAGGAGUUCCUCCAGGGCCCUGCGGAGCGGGUCCUGAAGGACGAAGAGGAGAGCACGGAUGACCAGGCCGCGCCCGAGCUCCAGCUGGCCGGGCUCAAGUGCAAGCAGCGCAGCGGGGGCGGCGGCAGCCCCGACCACGGCUGGAUAGAGAGGGGGAGGUCCCGGCUCCCGCGCCAGGCCGACAUGGGGAGCUGCGAGAUUUCCUCCAGCUCGGACACCUUCAGCAGCCCCAUCCACUCCGUGUCUGCCACAGGGGUACUGGGUACCCAGGUCGACCACAAAGAUGACCACCAGUCCUCCAGCGGCAACUGGAGUGGCAGCAGCUCCACCUGCCCCUCCCAGACGUCGGAGACCAUCCCCCCAGCCGCCUCCCCUCCCCUGACCGGAUCCUCGCACUGUGACUCUGAGCUGUCACUCAAUGCCGCUCCAAAUGCCAGCGACGACCCCGUCAGUUUCACCAGUGACCCUUACGCAUCAGAGGCCGACCAGGCGCAGGUCCAGGAGCGUGGGGCCGGUUCCUUUGACUCGGCUGCAGCCGACCUGCUGAGCGAUACUAGCGGUGGGGCUGGAGAAGCCGCAGGUGUGAGUGAGUGGAACUACCUGCACCAUCAGCACAGCAAGUCCUGCUGCCAGGACUUCAGUCCGCCACGAUCCAGGGGCAAUGACGACACCGGCCUGGGCUGCCCCAGUUUUGCGAGCAUGGCCACGUACGAGAGCCUCGCUGACAAGCCGCCAUCUGAAAAGGCAGACUCCAGCUCGCACUUCUCCGUAGACACGGAGGGCUACUACACCUCCAUGCACUUUGACUGCGGCCUCAAAGAGAGCGGUAGCUACCUUUAUAACUAUGCAGCCAUGGGCAGCACCGAUGGCCACAGCCAGUGUGUAAGUGCUGCACCCAGCAUGAGCAGAUACCGUCAGCCAGACCACAGCAGCGACCAACACAGGACAUUGGGAAGGCACUGCCUUUCCUUGAAAAAACCAAAGGUGAAGCCAGCCCCACCAAAACGCUGUUCGUCGUUGAGGAAAUUGAGCGGUUGCGUAAGCGUUCCAGACAAGAACGAACCAAAGAUGAAUAGUGGGCAGCACCUGCCAUUGUCUUCCAGGGAGAUGAAGCUGCAGCUUGACCUGGCCGGAUCCCCAGGUCAGAGUCAGUCAGAAAAUCCAAGUUUAGCUGAGGAGCCGAUGCAGGCCUGGGGCGCAGAGGCUGCAGAUGACAUAACCGACUCAACCCUGUUCAGUUCCACAGAUACGCACUCCUUUAAGGAUGAAGGUGCUGUACAGUCUGACUAUGCAGAUCUCUGGCUCCUCAAUGACUUGAAAUCAACCAACGAUCCCUACCGGUCAUUGUCCAACUCCAGCACUGCUACGGGCACAACAGUCAUUGAAUGUAUCAAGUCGCAAGAGAGCUCAGAAUCGCAGAACUCCCAAUCGGGAUCCAGAGCCACCACACCUUCCCUUCCUUCUGUAGAGAGUGAGUUCAAGCUGGCCUCCCCGGAGAAGCUAGCGGGCCUGGCGUCACCCUCCAGUGGCUACUCCAGCCAGUCAGAGACGCCAACAUCUUCCUUCCCCUCAGCCUUCUUCCCCGGGCCUUUGUCCCCGACCAGUGGCAAGAGGAAGCCUAAAGUUCCGGAGAGGAAGUCCUCUCUCUCAUCCCUACAGCAGCAACAGUUGUCCUCCAGGGAUGGAGGCACCUCAUCCAAGAGAGACCUUGAGCUACCCAUUAUACCUCCCACCCAUCUUGACCUAAGUGCUCUUCACAUCCUUAACAAGCCUUCGGCCCACAGAAGCCAGAUGCACGUCCUUCACCAGAACAAGCAGAAAACGCCGGCAGUAGCUGCAGUGACGGGGGCCCGUGUGGCAGCUGCUUCCACCAAACUAGAAGCUUCCGCCCCAGCUCCCGUGGCCAUCACACCUACUGUACUUCGCUCGGUCCAGCUGCGGUCUGUCGGCAGGCCUGGUGAAGGGUGCCAGAACCAGCCCGGUGCCGCCGAUCCUGCCACCAGACCCAAGUGUCCAACUGUGGCUGUCAUCACUGGUACCCCAGCGAGAGGCAACAGGUCACCAGAGUCCAAGAAACCUGCGGCCCGCCAGUCCCAGGAUGCUACAAAUCAGGAGCACUGUGAAACACUGUUCACCCAAGGUAACAGUUCACCCAAGGUGACCACCAGGGAUGUCUCAUAUCGAGAGAGUGCAAGACACAGGCUAGACAGACAUGCCCCGGCUCCAUUUUGGGCAAUGACAGCAUUCCGUAUCCCCUCAGAAUCAACAAAUAUGGAGGAAGACCUAGCGCCAAGACCGCCUCUCCAUCCAGAUACCCAAGGCCCCAGUAAUGACCCCCAGGCAGGCCAGGACUGCGGGGCUUUGUCUGAAAGUGCAGCAUGUCCCAGCAUGGAGGACAGUCAGAGACCAAGCACUUUUAGGGCCCUGCGUUCAUGCAACAGCCUGGAGGAGGAGCCAGACCAGCUGCCUGACCCAGCAGUCGAUUCCCUCGCAUUGUGUCUGGCAAAAAUACAUUCCCCUCCUUCUCAUAGUGAUACUGAAAAGAAAUCUGACUUUGGACCGAGCGACAGUCCUGACGAAGUGCCUGAAAUAAGUUGUCAGUCGGAAGCAUUGCAAGCUUACACAAUCAGCGAUGCAGGUAGCAGAGUGGAGGAGUAUGACACAUCAGGUGUUCCCAGAAGUGCCUCACAGGACAGCAGGGAAGACGGAUCAACACCAGACACUGAGGACUACUUCAGCAAAGAGUCGACACCCAGUGACAGCGCAAUCUCUCCCCUGACUGAUGAGACGAAACCUGAGGAUGACAGCGUUUUUCUGUCCCCUAGUAGAGUGCGCACAACCGAGGACCUGUUUGCUAUGAUUCACAGAUCCAAAAGGAAAGUUCUUGGAAGAAAGGACUCGGGAGAUCCUAAUGCGAGGAACCGUGCGAGUGCCACUUCAGGCAAUGCCCCCCCUUCAAACGCCACGGCAACCUCACCAAAUGCCCCCUCAACCCCGACCACCCCGACAGCCGGCUCCCAACGACCGCCGGGCCCCAUCUACAGGAGCGCCAAGAAGUCCAGCACCUCCAACGAGGAGUUCAAGCUGCUGCUGCUGAAGAAGGGCAGCCGAACCGACUCCAGCUACCGCAUGUCGGCCACGGAGAUCCUGAAGAGUCCCAUCACGCCCAAGUCUCCGGGCGACCUGGGCCCCGGCGACAGCCCGCGGGAACCGGAGGAGCUGCCCUUCCCGCUGCAGCAGUCGCCUUCGGCUGGCGAGCACCCCCCCGGCCCUUUCCCCCGGGCCAACGUCGAGGGCUUCUCCCCGAAGCUGUACCAGGCCUCCGCCGCCUCCAGGCAGGGCCGCUCGCGCGUGCCGCCGGCGGCUAGCAGCAGCCGCUACAGCGCGCGGUGCCGGCUCUACACCGCGCCCAUGCAGGCCAUCUCCGAGGGGGAGACGGAGAACUCGGACGGCAGCCCGCACGAUGACCGGUCCUCGCAGGCCUCCUCCUCCUAGGGGGACGUGCGGUGGGCGCGCAGCGCGCCUCUUCGGCUUCCGUUUAUCCUCUGGAGAAAAGAAAGAAGAUGAAGAAAGAAAAAAAAAAAGACUUAUUUUUUCUAAAAAAAAAAAAAAAAAAAAGUGCAAAAUAGGAAAAACCCAAUGGGUCAGAAAGAUGUGGUCAAUGGACCUAUUUUUUCUAUAUGCAUUUGACUAGACCUGGGAAAGAAAAAAAAAAAACAGACAAGAAAAAAGAAGUAAAGAAGCACAUAUUGUGAUGAAUUUGUAAACUUCUUCUGUAACUUUAAAUGAAAAGACAACACACUAAAUGGAGAGGGGAGGUGGGUGAGAGAGGACGCACCUAUCUCACUAUAUUAGUCGUUGGAACUACCAUUUCCCAUUUACUGUUCAUCAGUGUCUUCUGUACACGGUCCUUUUAGGGAAACUUUGUCAUUGUCUAAUGUCUUCAUCACGAAAAGAGCCAGUUUAAAACACUUUUAGUCAGACGAAGUGGGAAAUCAUACCUAGAUCAAAUGUUUGCAAUAUGUAAAUUAAGCUGUGUGAACUACGUAAUUUAGAUUGUUACUGGGGUCCACAUUAUAUCAAGGGAACCUUGAUAUGUAGCCUUGCAAAGGGUCAAAUAGAUAUACACAUAUAAAUUGUGCAUUGUUCAUUUGUACAUAUAUAUUAGGGAUGGGCAUUUCUAGCUGUUGUGCUUGAGCACUUAAAGAUUGAGAAUUCAUCCAUAAUAAUAAUAAUAAUAAUAAUAUACUGUCAGAAGAAAUAGUGUUAUUUUUUGGCAGCAGCUUUACAUUGCAUAUAAUCCUCACAACUUCCAUUCCUGCUGAUUCCCAAAUAUUUGCAUCAUUUUUCUUUUCCAUUGAUGCAAGGGAGACCAUAUUAGAGCAGUUCUGCUGAUUAGACUGAACUGCUGUUUUGCUAUGGUUUAACACCUUUAAGACCUUUUAUUAAAAAAUAAAUAAAGCUAAUAAAUCUGGUGAUGUUUAUUUAAAUAGCUACAUCAACCACUAUUUUCUUUGUGCCCACCCCUAAUGUAUAUAUUACGUAAUGUAUAAAAUGUACUGCACUGCAGUAGUCUAAAAGCUAGUGUAAAACUGCAGGGGUUUAGAGAGUGCACAAGAAGGGAAACAUAUUUGUGGAACCUUAAACACAGACCUGUCUAGCAGGUGCACAACGGACAAUCUUAACAGUGGCCUUUAUGUCAAAGGGGUCUUAGCAUACAGGGGAUUUGAUAUUCUAUACAGCUAUUUUUUGAAUAUCAUCACAAAUGACUGAUAACUGAUGUUCCUCCAUUACAAGGGGCCUUUAACACAUUGACUGGCUGGAAGUUUUAAAUUGUGUUUUCUGUUUUGAAACAUACAAAUCCUUUGCACUUGAUCUUAAUUGUUCAAGAGUAUCCCUUGAUGAAAUCUUGAUAAGAUAAAUGCCAUUAACUGUGUGUACAUAUAAUGAAUAUAAAGCUAUAAAGACAUUUAUGACAAGAUCUAUCAUACAUUUAAAAUGACACACAAGCUUUCAAGGUCGUCAAACUAGAUGCAUUGGCCUAAGACACGCAAAGAAGAAGCCUAGCAUUUACUGUUUACGGGCUGCGACCUUUACAUUAGUAGCAUUUGUAACCACAAACAUGUGAGCCGCGCUACCUUUAGGCUAUAGAAAAAGCAAACCUUCAGUUCUGGUGGAAAGGUUCGGUUUUGCUUCAUGUUAGCGUGAUUGCCAGCAGCCUAUGCUUGGGAGAGCAUAUACUAUUUUCAUAAGAACUACAUUAGAAUUGGCUGAAGCCAACCCUACUGAUUAAGGUUACUUGAGUAAGUAUAUCAUCAGUUCUUGGGGGCUGGGUGUAGAACCAUUAAAAAUGAUCAGAUGUAUUCCGUGAAUACCUGCAAUCAUAUAUAUGCUGUUGGCUAACUAGUGGUGUCACACUUUCAGGUGAAUCCAAUCCUGAACACAGACGAAACAAAAAAUAGUAAAAACUCAGAGAACUGUCACUGUGCAAGCUAUGUGGGGGCAAAAAGCUGUGAACCACUAGAUUUUACAUUCAUUGUCGUACACGUAGCUGAACAAACGUCUGCAGUCAGCAGAGAUGCAGCAUCUUCAUUUUCCGUUUUAUGUUUACAAGCCUUUUCAAUUGAAAGCAUGCAAUAAAAAAACUAUGGAGUAUUGAAAAGAAAAUGACAGAUGUAAAGAGAUACCAUAAGAAAGGAUAUCACGUUUCUUUUCCAGUCACUUGAAUCUAUAUUAUUGGUAUGUUCAAUAGCUGUAAAAAAAAAAAAGAGAAAAAAAAGGAAAAAAUAAAACUAAUCUAGAGUGGGGAUUAUCUGUUUAGUGAAAUAACGUGACAAUCUUUUGUGGGAUGAUUUAAAAAACAAUUUUGGAAUGUGAGGGAUGUGGAAUGUGGCUAGUCCUACACAAUGGAUGGAGAGAAGUUUGAGCAAUGGCAAUAGUGAAGUCUGGUGGUUUUACAGAGGGAGAGUGGUCUGAAAGAGGGAGACGGAAGAGGAGAGGAAUAGAGAUGAUAUUUUGUAGUUAGUGUUUACUUUGGUGUGAAAUAUGAAAUGUGGAGAGGGGGAAAGAGGAAAGUGCAACAGAGGAAAUUAGGAUAUGUAUGUGGAGAGGCACUGAACUCCGAGCAGCAGCCUUUUGAAAUACUGUUGGCAACGGUGACGCUCUAAAUUAUUCCCAUUUAGAAUCCUGUAGCUGAGUCAAUCGACCAAUAUUCCAUCAUGAGUUUUUCUGGGGACAAGGGUGUGGUGUUCUGCAGGAAUGGAACUUUAGGCUGAAGGUUUGAGUUGCCAUGUUUGUCUUGGCUGUAGUUUGUAAUUUCCUUUUUUAUAUAGUGUAGCUGUCAUUUUAGUGUCUAAUCGCAGUAAAGUAGAAUUAGAUAGAGAUUCAAAUUCAUAACCUGUUGGAGGGGGGCGAGGUCAGGGAUAAAAUGUGUAUUUUUGUGAUGUCUUCUGCUGUUUACCACAGCAUCUGGAUUUCCCCAUUUAAUUUGUUUAAUUCUUUGCAAUUUGACCCAUAUGUAAUGUUAUGGCUGGUUUCUCUUCUUUGGUUUAGUUUUAAUUUAGCAGAGCAUAAGUUUUAUUUAAAUUUAAAUACAUAACCAGGAGUUGAACAUUUUGAGAAUUUAUGUAGUCUCCUACUAGUAUUUGGCUAAUACCUAUAGGUCUAGUAAAUCUAUUAAAAAUCUUUAUAUGAAAUAUUACACUUUAAUGAAAAUGAUAAUAAUUGAAGAUAUUUUAAGGACAAAAUAUUUUAUCCAGAGACUUAUUUUCUUUAUAAAGAUUAUCUAGAAAAAAAAAGACAUUAAAGCUUUAUUUAAAUAGACACUGGUUGAGCAGACUACAUAUCAGAGAGCAUAUCAACCUUGUGGAUGAAAUGAAUAGACUGAUAUGAACUGUUCGAUGAUGACGUGAACUUGCUGUCUUGGCAUCCCAGCUACAGUAUAUGAAAUACAGCUUUAUUAUCCAUAGAAGUGCUCUGAAUCUUGAAAGCCUGUGGCCGCAUUUCACGAUAAUAAUUUCCCCCUCAUAUCAGACGCUUGUUGUCUUUUCUGUCUCUUCUAUUCAGAGCACAGCUAGUGUUCUGUGGAAUCCUUGAAUAAAUAUCACACAUGGAGGUGCUUUUCAGAAACUCACUUUUCUCACUAGUGACAUGAAAUCAAUCACAGUAUCGAUGUAGCCAUAUUUCUUCCACAGACGUUAUCAAAUAACUCAAACGUAGUGUGCUAACUGUUAACUUUGUUCAGGCCUAAAUUAUAAACACUAAGGAAAGGGACACGACAGCUUCAAUUUUGCUACACAUUUCCUGAGGCAUGUCAGUCCUUUUUUGCAGUUUGAUGUUAACUUGGGAUAAUGGAUUUUAAGCAUACAUGACAGUUUCCAUUACUUAACAUUUUAAUUUCAGUGACCACCAAGCCAAAAAUGUUGUGUGAGGAAUAGAAAUGUAUUAUUCAUAUUAAACCAUAAACUGCACUGAGGCUAGACUGAGUCCCAAUAUAAGUUCAUUAUCUUAACACUGCUUUGUAUUCUAAAGAUCUACUUGCCUGUGGUUAGCAUCAAGAAUGCAAGAUUUUCAUUUUAGGACUGUUUUAACUGCCACCUUUUAACAGGGUACAUAAUGGGAAAUGAUUCUGUGAACUAUCACUACAAUGUUUAAAAAAAUAUAUAUAAUACACAUUUGCACUGAUAUAGUGAAGUUUGUGAAGUUUCUGCAUUUUUUCUUGCUGUACCUGUUAUUUAUAUUUAUGUGGGAUUAUUUUGAAGACUGUUUGAGUUUCCAUUUACCAAGUCUACAUCGUUCUUAAUAAAGCGGGUUUAAGCAGGAUGGUAGCGGAGGUUUGGAGGACAGAAAUUUGCCAAAAAAUUCAGAUGUGUAAAGGUGUAAGCAACAUUAAUUGGAUUUGGUUACAUGUGUAAAAAAAAUAUAAACAACAACAAACAAGUAAACAGACACACAAACAAAAAAGGUUACAGUGUAACUGUUUCGGUACAAGAUGCAUUUCAUUCAGGCUGAAAGCUACAAGUUAAUGGACUUGCAUCGGUUUUGUAUUUUUGUACAAAUUUGUAAAUAGGUUCUUUUUAAAUUGUUGCAAAGAUGUUUCUUUUGUAAAAAAAUGUUUUCAAAGUUUACAUUAAUUCCUAGCCUUUGUAUAUUUUUGAGCUGUGCAACACUUUGUCUUGUAUUUAUUUUUUAGUAAACAUUGUGAAAAUUCCAUGGUAAAUUUUCUUGGAACCAUCUGCCAGCACAUCUGGCUGCUUAGUAAUUGUGCUUAGAAAAGGCCAAUAAACGUGACUGCAUUGAAAAAUA